AUGCCUUAUGAUCUUCGUCGCCUCUUUAUUGGCGAUGAUGAAGAAUGUGACCAUUUCAGGAAAAAUGCUCGUACGUACAACAACAAUGUUUCUUUCACUACUUUUGCUGCAAAGUAUGAUCCAGAAUUGACGAAGAAUAAGCAUGGUGUUUAUACGUUUCGUGUACAAGGCCAGGUUUAUCACUUCCUCGAUGGUUUGGUAUCACAUCGUCAUAAACCAUCGGGUAUUCAGUUAUACUUUUUUGAUACCGAUGAGGAGCUUGCCAGGAGACUUGAUGCUUCCUCUCGGCUCCGCGCAGACACUCUUAAAUUGCUUAUGCGCAUUUUAGCUGCCAAUCCCUAUGCCAAAUUUUUUAAAGAUUUGCGUCAUGUUCCUGAUCUCGAGCGCCAUAGAAUUGUUCUUAAUUGCAAUCCUGCUCUUGAUCAGCGUUUGUAUAAUCUUCCAUCCGCUUCUCAAGUAGCCGCUAUAUGGACCGAGACUGAUGAUGAAUCAGUUGAUAAGUCAGUUCAUAUUCAGGUUUAUAGUCACUCCGAUCAGAGUCAUAUGAUUAAGCAUUACUAUGCUUGCUAUGACUCUUUACAGUAUCCUUUAUUAUUUCCUCGUGGUGAGUCUGGAUGGCACCAUGGAAUCCAAAGGAUUACGUGCGAAAAUAGGAAAAGAUCCCGUCCUGUUUGUGAAGCUGAUAUUGCUAUUGAUCCAGCAUCUAUCGGUAGUCCAUCUGAUUUGAUUAAUCUGGAACAAAGAGCCGCUGAUCGUGGCAAGAAACAGAAAACUAACGUCACUGCUAGGGAAUACUACUGUUAUAGGUUUCAGAUGAGACAUGAUGAUGAGUCCAUGUUGUUACAUGCGCUGAGAUUGUUGCAGCAGUAUGUUGUUGAUAUCUACGUUAAGAUAGAGACAUCUAGGCUUGAAUUCCACCGGAAAAAACAGAAUACCAUACGGACUGAAGCUCUUCAAGGAAUAAUGGAUAGUGUCUCUUUAGGCCAAACGUUAGGUUCUAAAGUUGGCCGGCGAAUAUAUUUACCAGCUACUUUUCUCGGAGGCCCGCGGGAUAUGAGGCGUAGAUAUCUUGAUGCAAUGGCUCUGGUCCAGAAAUAUGGAAAACCUGACAUUUUCUUGACCAUGACAUGCAAUCCCCUGUGGCCAGAAAUUAAGGCACAUUUAAAGUACAAAGAGAAACCUCAGGACAGGCCUGAUCUUUUAGCUAGAGUGUUCAGGGCAAAGUUUGAAAUCCUGAAAACAGAGUUGUUUAAACCUCUUAAUCCAGAGGCCUAUGAUAAAAUUGUUUCUGCUGAACUGCCUGAUCGUCAAGAACAUCCUCAUCUUUAUUCUCUAGUUGUAAGGCACAUGAUUCACGGCCCUUGUGGAAAAAUGAACAAAAACAGCCCUUGUAUGAAAAACGGUGUUUGCAAAAGUCACUAUCCAAAAGGGUAUUCUGAACAUACGACUCACGGCGAGGAUAGCUAUCCGAAUUAUCGUAGGCGAGACGAUGGCAAGAAAAUCCGAGUCAAAGGCUAUGAUUUGGAUAAUAGGUGGGUCAUCCCGUAUACUCCGUACUUGCUAGCUCUGAUUGAUUGUCACAUCAAUGUCGAAAUCUGUUCAACCAUCAAAUUAGUCAAGUAUUUAUACAAAUACAUAUUUAAAGGCCAUGACCUUGUCAACUUCCACAUCAUAGCUGAUGAAACACCUCAGGAUAUCGAUGAGAUCAAGGAAUUUCAGCGAGGUCGUUGGGUUUCUCCUCCAGAAGCUUUGUGGCGGAUUUAUGCAUUUCGCUUGAAUGAAAUGACCCCUGCUGUUUACAGUCUUCAGGUUCAUCUUCCUGGUCACCAAUAUGUUUCCUUCAAUCAGAUUCUGAUCUUUCACAACUCUUAG